GAAGUGUUUUCUCCUCAACUACCUGUCUGUUGUCGCUAUCUCACAACAUUGUAAUUACGGUAUUAUCACAUAGUCGCAAACAUGCUCGUGUCACUCAAGCAGAUUGCUCUUCUGGCCUUGGUUACUGGCUACGCUUCAGUCGAAGCUCAGAAGACCGGAAAGACGACUCGAUACUGGGACUGCUGCAAGGGUUCGUGCGGAUGGAGUGGCAAAGCUUCAGUCAACCAGCCCAUCCAGAGCUGCGACAAGUCGGACAACCCAUUGGCCGACAUGGCCGCCAGGAACGGCUGUGAGAACGGUGGCACUGCGUACAUGUGCUCGAACCAGAGCCCAUGGGCCGUAUCGGCAGAUACGUCGUAUGGUUUUGCAGCAGUGAAGUUGGCUGGCGGCAACGAGGGCACCUGGUGCUGUGCCUGUUACAAAUUGACCUUCACAUCCGGACCCGCAAAGGGCAAGACGCACAUCGUGCAAGCCACGAACACCGGUGGCGACCUCGGCAACAACCACUUCGACCUCGCGAUGCCAGGCGGCGGCGUCGGCCUCUUCAACGCCUGCACGAACCAGUACGGCGCUCCCCCCAACGGCUGGGGCAAGCAGUACGGCGGCAUCUCCUCGCGCUCCGAGUGCGACGCAUUCCCCCAGAAGCUCAAGGCCGGCUGCUACUGGCGCUUCGAUUUCUUCGCAAACUCCGACAACCCGGACGUCAGCUUCGAGGAGGUUACCUGCCCCAAGCAGCUCACCGACAAGAGCAGGUGCAUCAGGAACGGACAGACGCCCACUCAGGGUAUCGAUGGGACGUACACUGCCGCUGCGACGGCGGCGCCCAAGCCGAGAAGCUAUGGAAGUGCGAAGUAGAUAGAUCACUGGUUGCGAUUUCGUGGUUUAGUUGGUUUCUCAUGGUUUCUUGCAAGGAUUCCAGACAGAAGUUGUAAAUAUCAAUAUCACAAAAAAAAGGCUUUGAAGCUGCUUCCAGGCUUCAUUGUGGCAUAUCUCAG